GUGUUAAACAAUGACGAUCGGAAAAAUAGGCGAGUUUAACGUACACAACGACGAUUGGAAACUAUAUAUCGAACGGUUAGAGCAGUACUUCCUUGUGAAUGACAUAAAAGCCGAGUUACAUGUGCCGACAUUAAUAACUGUUAUGGGAGCAGAGAGCUAUGAGUUGCUCGUCAAUCUGUGUACACCGAAUAAACCGAAGACGAAGACGUUUGAGCAGUUAUCAGAUAUAAUGGGCAAACAUUUACAACCUAAACCGAGUGAACUCGCUGAGAGGUAUAAGUUCAGGCAUAGAAAACAGAAGGAGGGUGAAACCAUAUCCGAGUAUGUGGCGGUACUUAAGAAAAUGUCGAAGACCUGCGAGUUCGGAAGUUGGCUGGAGGAAAGUUUGAGAGAUCAACUGGUGUGCGGAAUAGCAAGCGAGAAUAUUAGGCAACGGUUAUUCGCAGAGUCGAAAUUGGAUUUUGCCAAGGCGUAUAAACUUGCCUCCAGCAUGGAAUCAGCCGAGAAGGACGCCGCUAUGGUAGAAGGGUCUAAAUCGGCAGCUGGAACUGACGCCACGUCGACGGUUACGUGUCAGGCGAUAACGACGAGACGGCAGGCAACGGGCAUGGCGGAGCGCGACGGGGAGCCGGGCGCGGGGAGGCGCGAGGUGCGCGGGCGGCGAGGCUCCCGCGAGCGGCGCGCGGGCCACGAGGCGGGGACAUCGGUGCUGAGCGAGCGGGCUCGGCUGGGGGAGCGGGCUCGGCUGGGGGAGCGAGCUCGGCCACAGCGGCCAUGUCGAGUGUGUGGCGCGAACCACAAUGAAUCAACGUGCAAGUUCACAAGUUACGUGUGUCGAGUGUGCAACCGGCAAGGGCACCUGCGGCGGGUGUGUCCUAAUAUAGUGAAACAAUAUCAGGUAGACGUGGAAAACACUAGCAGGAACGAGGAGGAGGACAGUGACGAGGUAAUUUUUGUUGAUGUUUGUCGGUUGUCGAUAUCAAGUUGUAAACCUAUUUAUAUAACACUUAACGUUCAUAACAAAGACAUUGCUAUGGAAUGUGACACAGGUAGUGCAGUGUCUUGUAUUAGUCGCGAAUGUUACGAUAGACUAUUUAGCGACCUUACCCUACAACCUUGCAAAUUAACUUUAAGAUAUUACACUGGUGAGACUGUAAAACCGUUAGGUAUCAUAAGACCGCUAGUUCGUUAUAAGAAUAGAAGUGAAUUUUUAGAAUUGCUUGUGAUCGAAAGAGGAAAAACUGUACUUUUAGGGCGACAUUGGAUAGCGGCAUUAAAGAUACAACUUCCGGAUUUAAAUUAUGAUGUGCAUAAAAUGGUGGAAAGUAAUGAUUACAAUGUAACCUAUUUCAGUUCCAAAUAUUGUAACGUGUUCGCGGAGGGACUCGGGCGGUUCACGGGCGGCGCGGUGAGCAUUCACGUGCGGCCGGGCGCGCGGCCGGUGUUCAUGCGCGCGCGCCCGCUGGCGUACGCGCUGCGCGAGCCGGUGGAGCGCGCGCUGGACCAGUUCGUGCGCGACGGAGUUCUCACCCCGGUCGAGCGGUCCGACUGGGCCACGCCGAUAGUUCCAGUGGUAAAGAAAGAUGGUAGCAUUCGUAUCUGUGCCGAUUAUAAACUGACCAUAAACAAAGUUAUUGAAAUUGAUCGUUAUCCGUUGCCUAGGGUAGAAGAUUUGUUAUUCCGUCUCCGAGGGGGAGAGUACUAUAGUAAAAUCGAUUUGUCUCAAGCGUACGCGCAAUUCGAGCUCGACGACACUAAAAUAUAUACGGUGAUAAAUACCCAUAAAGGUUUGUACAUGUACAACAGAUUAGUAUAUGGUUUAGCGUCUAGUCCAGGCAUUUUUCAGAGGCGAAUAGAACAAUUAUUUGCUGACAUGCCGCGGGUGGGUGUCUUUUUAGAUGAUAUAAUCAUAACAGGUAGUACGAAGGCUGACCAUGUAAGCAAUUUACAUAAAGUCUUUCAACGUUUGCAGGACUACGGACUUAGAGUGAAGAAGGAGAAGUGCGUUUUCUUUGCAAAGUCUGUCUCGUAUUUGGGGCACAUUAUUAGUAAAGAGGGUGUGCACACGUGUCCGGAGAAAGUUAAGGCAGUAUUGGAAACGCCGGCUCCUACCAAUAUCACCGAGUUAAGGGCGUUUAUAGGCCUAGUCAUGUAUUAUGCAAAAUUUAUUAAAAAUAUUAGUACAGUUCUCGCUCCGUUAUAUAAUCUGCUUAAGUCGGGGAUUAAGUAUAAUUGGAAUGACGAGUGUGAGAGGGCAUUCGUAAGAGUAAAGCGUCUUUUAGCGGAUGGUGAGGUACUCGUUCAUUACGAUCCGGAGUUACCGUUGAUUUUGACAACGGACGCGAGUAGCGUGGGCGUGGGCGCAGUCAUAUCGCAUGUGACGGCGGACGGCGAGCGGCCGGUGGCGUACGCGUCGCGCUCACUCACGCCUGCGGAGCGAGGCUAUGCACAAAUAGAUAGGGAGGCUCUUGGAAUCAUAUUUGGUAUACGAAAGUUUCAUCAAUACCUUUAUGGUCGUCACUUUACACUAAGAACUGAUCAUAAACCUUUAACACAUAUUUUUGGUGAUAGAACGGGUAUUCCGGUGAUGGCGGCUUCACGACUACAGCGGUGGGCGGUACUGCUAUCGGGUUACAAUUACAAGAUUGAGUACAUUACUUCGAGUAAAAAUAGUGCAGAUGCCUUGUCACGCCUGCCGUGUGAAAUUAGUUUUUCUGGGAAACCAAGAACAGAAAGUACGUAUGUUAACUUUGUUGAAAAUUUUUUACCCCUUACUAGCAGUGAUAUCAAGCAAGUGAUAGCCAGGGAUAGGAUACUUGCUAGGGUAAUGUUAUACAUACAUUCGGGUUGGCCGCCAGUUUGUCCUGGUAGUGAUGAGAUUAAACCGUUCUUUGCUAGGAGAAACGAGUUAUAUGUGGAAUGCGGGUGCAUAAUGUGGGGAUAUCGCAUGGUGAUUCCACAAGCAUUGCAAGGUAAAUUGUUACAACAAUUGCAUAGUAGCCAUAUGGGCAUUGUAAAAAUGAAAAGUAUGGCUAGGAGUUACAUAUGGUGGCCUAACAUCGAUAAAGAUAUCGAGGACUUAGGUAAAAGUUGCGAGACAUGUGCGGCGGAAGCGAGCGCGCCCCCACGAACUGUUAUCCAACCAUGGCCGUAUUAUAAUCAACCGUGGACUAGACUUCACAUUGAUUUCUUGGGCCCAUAUCGAGGUAUGACAUUUCUAGUAUUGAUAGAUUCGUCUUCAAAGUGGUUAGAAAUAUUCGAAAUGUCGCGGACCAACGCGUCUAAUGUUAUUAAAGUGUUGCGUGCGACUUUUGCGAGGUUCGGGUUACCGGAACAGUUGGUAUCAGAUCAGGGACCACCUUUUACUAGUUCAGAAUUCAAAUAUUUUCUUUUGCAAAAUGGUAUCAGGCAGUAUUUUUCACCCGCUUAUCAUCCGUCUUCAAACGGAGCUGCAGAAAAUGCAGUUAACAUUUGUAAACGCGCGAUAAAAAAAGCAAUCAGAGAUGGCGUGGAUGUAGACACAGCCUUGCAGACGUUUUUACUAGCGUACAGAAACACAGUGCACAGCACCACCGGUGAGACGCCCGCUAUGUUGUUGCAGAAACGGACACUACGUUCUAGGUUCGAUUUGUUGCGAACGGAACGUUCAGUAGGCAUCAGAGUACACGAUGCGCAGCAAAGACAAAUCGAUUCAUCUGGUGGGGUUCCGCGAUCUUUUGACGAGGGAGACCCUGUUUGGAUGAGGGAUUACAAUUCCGCAAACAAAUGGGUCAAAGGUUCUAUUACAAACGUGGAUAGUACUCGUAGGUAUAUGAUAGCAAGGGAUAACGGUCAAUUAGUCAAAAGGCAUGUGGAUCAGAUACGGCGCCGAUCUCGGCUAUCGGUUGGUGGACCGAACACGGAAGAAGAGGGAACAAUAGAGGGUGAGAGCUCCGUAACGCAGGCUGGAGACAACUUAAUAAAGUCGGGAAAGAAUGAGCAUGAACGCAGUGAUGAAUGUGUGAGUGAAGAAGGUAAGUCGAAUUCAGCGAUGAACGAGGAAGUACGGGGUAGUGUUUGUGGUCAGCCGUCUGAUCAAUCACCUGGUAUAUCGGCUCAGCCGCAAGCAGGGUACCCAAAGCGAACCCGAAAACCGGUCAUUAGAUUUCAGUGCACGUGA